AUGGCAGACGAUGGACAACGCGUCGUCUACGUCGUAUCAGAGGAACUCGCAAAGAUCUCGUCACUCCUACCUUCCAAUCGCAACCGAUCGUUGCUCGUGCACUCGCUCGUCAAAGAAUACGGACUGUUGGCUACCAGUUCCGCAGCAGAAGCGGGUGCCGGUGAGGCUUUACCGAAAGCGAAGAUACUCAGACCUCAGCCUGCGAGCUACAAGGACCUCUCGGCGUACCACAGCGAGGACUACCUCCGCUAUGUCCUCGAUCCGAGACGUUCGUCCGGUACCCAAGAGCCGGGAAGAGCGCAGGUCACGGAAGACUUCGGACUUGAAGAUGAUUGCCCGUUGUUCCCUGGGGUGCACAGAUAUGUAUCGUUAAUCGCCGGCGCGUCCCUUUCAGCCGCGCAGGCCCUACGGACCGGCCAGGCAGACGUCGCCAUAUGUUGGGAUGGCGGUCGGCAUCACGCACACAAGUCGCGCGCGUCGGGGUUCUGCUACGUCGCAGACGUCGUGCUCGCCAUUCUCGCGCUCAAGCGCCCGCUUCGAGGUCCCCCUCCCCCUCUUCCUGGCGAAGUGGCCACAGCGCCGGCCAAGCCCAUGGUCAUGUACGUUGAUCUGGACCUGCACUUCGCGGACGGUGUCUGCGAGGCAUUCGCGUCCUCCCACGGCACGAGCGGCCACUCUCAGAUCUUGACGCUCUCUAUCCACCAUGCCGCACCCGGUUUCUUCCCCGCCUCUCCGCUUGCCGACCUUCCCGUGCCGGACGAAUCGGGUGCGGCGGACCCCUUCACGCUCGCGGUGCCUCUCAGACAGGGAUUGUCGGGCGCGACACUCAAGGAGGUGUGGAUGCGCGUGGUAGAACCCAUCAAGGAUGCAUUCUUCGUGCGAUUCGUCGUGUUGCAGUGUGGUGUCGACGGGCUAGCCGGCGACCCGUGCGGCAUUUGGAAUAUCGAUUUAGAGAGUCGAUCUCCUAGCAUGGGCUGGUGUAUCGGCCGUGCGGUGCAUGAAUGGGGCUGUAAGACGCUCUUACUCGGAGGAGGAGGAUACAGCUCGCCGAACGCAGCACGAGCAUGGGCAUACUUUACCUCGAUUGCCCUCGGACGCCCCUUGCCGCUCGACGCAGACAUCCCGGAUCACUCAACGUUCCCAGUCUACGCGCCGUCAUUUGUGUUGGAUGUGCCGGCCGGGAAUAUGCAGGAUAGAAACUCACUUCGCGAUCUGGCGAAUGUGGAAGUCAUGUUCACCCGUGUAUGCGAUAUACUUCGGCGGAGGAAUGGGAAUGCAAACAUGCGCUGA